AUGGCUCAAAUGGCUCCCGCUCUGACCGAGGCGAGCGCGUCUCCGGAGUCCUCGGGAAAGAAUUCUGUGGAUCGUCACUGUUCAUCAACUGUACAAGAGGAACUUAAGCAAGAAAGUGCUGGGCUUGCUUUGGAUUUGAAGCUAGUUUCACAGAACGGUCUUGUACGAUUGAUAAGUGACAAUAACAUUGCAGACAUUACAAAUACUAUCAAGCCCUCGGCGCAGAACACACCCAUAGUUUCACGACUCAGCGAAGAAAUUAAAGGCAAAAUUGAAAUGCCAAACGGACAUUGUGAUGAUAGCCUGGAAAAAAGUGCCGCGACAAAGCCGUCGAGUAACUCUUCUGACAGAGAAGAAAAGCGAAACUCGUCCCCUGAUCUUUCACGAGCCACAUGUGCUUCAACGGCGAAGACUUCGGCUGGUACAUGUAAUACUGUUUGCGAAAAGGAAGAGAGUAAUCGAGUUUCGCAGCAUCCAGUGGCAAAUUUUGAUUCUGGAAAGGCCUUAAUUUCUCAAAGAACUUCACAAGCCUUUCGACGUCAGGCAAAGCUUGAAGGAAGGGCGAGAAAAAUUGAGACGCGCCUUCGCAAACUACAAGCGCGGCAACUUGGUGACCAUGUGCUUCAACAAUUGGAAAAUUUGGCGGAAAAGCGUUGUGUAACUCGCGAUUCCUCUUCAACUAAUCUCGAACCAGGUGGAAAUUUAGGAGUAAAAGGUAUUCCCGAAAGUAAAAGCGUGUCAAAUAUUUGUCCGGAACUGAAGGGAGAUCGACUUCAUAACAAACCGCCGAUGCCUGGAAAUUUUGCAAGUCGGAUGAAGAACAACAACGCAACGACGGUGGACAUCGCAAUAAAAGAACUGGAGCGGAUUUCUGCUGAGUCAUUUGGCUCUGACGAAGGAAACGUUUUAGUGGAUUUCAAACAAUUUGGUAAAAAAUCGAAGGCUGUUAGUUCUGUGGAAAGUUGGAGUUCACAAUGCGAAUUUUUGGAGAGCAUGGAUGAUUCGGACGCGACUGAAGCGAGUUCCGGGGAAGAAAGCGAAGAUGAAGGAGAAUCGAGGAAAACGAAACUACGCAGCAAACGGUGAGUAGAGAUUUGUUCACCCUGACGUAAGUUUGUGCUUGAUGCGAAAGAGAAAUAAAAUUUUAUCAUUUUGCUAAUUGAUCGUGGGAGCUGAGUCUUUCAUCGACUCCCACGAAAUACUCUCUUCUUUUCUUAUUCAUUGGAUUGGUGGCGUAUUUAUGAAAUUUUGAAUGACAUAUCUGCGGCUUUGUUCAGUUUUCAUUUAAACUUUAUAUACGAAAGGGAUUUUUCUUUCUCAAAAUUCGAUGUGUGUGUUAAAUUUGUGCAAGAUGUGGUUGACAUUUUAAAUUUCCCUCGCGCUAAAUUUACAAGAGUGAAACACGAACAAAAUACCAUCGAUGUUGAAACGCGGAAUACCAAUGUUUUUAUUUCCACUACUUGCAUUUUUAAACCUCUAGGUUAUAUAACAUAGCCUGAGUAAAAUGAUCACAACGAGUAAACCAUUGGUUUAGUAUUUUUCCGUGUUGGGGAUUAUAUGUUGUUGUGAUGUCGGGCGAUAGUUGGGCCAAUUUAAUUUCCCAGACUUGGCAUUUCAUAUUCAUUUAGUGUUUUGGGAGUUCUGCCAUUGAGAUGUUCAAAACCGACUCAGUUGACCGGCGCUGCUAGCUAGAUCGAUUUGAAUGUGGCAAGAAGGAAACCUUAUUUUUUGUUUCUUGCUACAAGUUUGUUUAUUUUCAAUUUUCUGUCCUGUGCUGAGGGAAUUUGCAUAUAUGUCGUGAAUGCUAAAAAAGGAAAUUUAAAUUUUUAAGAAUGUAGUUUUCUUAAACUCCUUUUCAUUGUCAUCUGUCUCAUAAAUGUAGGCUUUUUAUUCUCUUGAAGCCGCAUUAACCCGUCAGGCAAUAUGUAUUUCUUAAAUGUGAAAUUGUUGAUUUGUCGUUUUUGCUUGUCGUAAAAUUGUAUUACACCUUUUAUCAUGGAAUCAUUCCUUUGUACCUGGUAAAUAUUUGAAGUCUUGGUUUAUAUGACAGAAAAAUAAAUUAUUUAUGUUUUAAGUAUUUUUGAUCUACCAGGAGAUUUAAACUUGUAAAGUAGUGUCCAGUCUUACUUUUUACAACUUUAAACCAUUUGAGUUGGAGAGUUUAUAUUGAAAUAUCACGUAUAUUUGCCAUCCCUGUCUUUGUAUUGAAAUUGUUUUAAAUAUUUGCAAGAAAUUUGUUGCCUUGUACACGCUUAAGUUGUAACAAUUCACACCUUAGUUUUGUGAUUUAUGUUGAAUAACUUUUCAGGGCAACAAUAGCUUAAAUUCUCUAUAAUAUGAAGCAUCAUUAGCUAUCCACGACAGAACGGUCUCAAUUCACCGGUCAACCGUGUUGUUGAGUAUUGUGUGAAUGUGCUAUUAAUGGCAGGGAAAUUCCAACUCUUCUUCUAAGAUGUAUAGUGUUUUGUCAUGGUAUAAUAUAAAAAAGUAAUAGUAAUAAUUACUAUCAUUAAUCAUCUUUUUUAAUGAUCGAUACCUUGUGUUCUAAAAAUAUUUUUGUGCGAGUUAUUUUAUUAUUUUUCUCAAAGUGUGAUUCUUUGACUUGUAGUCUAGAAUAUGAUAUUGAAUUAAGUGGUACUUUUGUGGUAUUGUACGUGUUAAACUUACACAAAGGACUUGCUUGAUAUAAUUAACUUGAAUGUUCAUAGGUAACCUUUAAGAAAUUGAUGGUUAGUUGGAGCAGAUCUAGAUAUUUGUUAUCAAGAUGGUUGAUCACUUUUGCUUUUCUUGUAGUGUUAAAGUUUUAAGGACGCAGUUUCGACUGGAAGAAGGAGUAAUUGCAUCCCACUGGUCUUGGCUGCAGUCCCAAAUCAUAAAUUUGGAACGUCAGAUCCGACGAUAUGAUGAUCUUUAUAAAGGAGGAAGAUUGAGAAAGGGAACAGUAAAACUUCAAGCUUGCACCCCGAAUGUGAGCUUAGUGAGAAGUGCUACUGACAUUGAUGGAAAUGGUAUUGUAAAGGGAUUAAGAGACAAUGCACUGUCAGUACCUUCCCUGGAUAUUAACAACUCUAAACACCUAACAGACUUAAAUAAGAAAGAUUCAAUCAGGGAUUCAGAGAAUCACUUGUUAAAUGGGGUUAAGCGAGGCCUGCUUGACAGUUCUUUAUUGAACAGUGAGGAUGUGCCAACGAAGCGAUAUCGAACAGCCCUUGGAGCAAAUGAUUCAACAGACAAUAAGCUUUUUUUGCCAUCCACUUCAAAUGAUGUUUUUCCUCAAUGCGCUAGAACUAGAGGAGUGUAUAUGAUCAGGAAACGUCGUCUGGUACAUUUAUCUCACAUUCGUCAUAACAAGCCCAAACCACUUUCACUGCUCUGUGGAUGUGUUACCCCAACAACUCCUUGUUUGAUUUGUUCAAAGUCUUCAAGAACAUUACCAGUGGUUAGGCCCAGUCAGACUACGCCAGAAAAAGUUGCCUCCCUGGAUGCCUCUUUCCAUCCAGUGCUCUCAUUCUGUACAGGUAAACCAUGGUUUUUACAAUUUAUUGGGUAUUAUUUGUUAUUAUGAUCCUAGAACCCAGAGGGUCUUGUACCCAUCCUGGAGACAGACUGAUGUCUAAUGACUCUGUAAAACUUCAAAUCUGUGAUUUGCCUUUUAAAUUUUCCUGCUUUGGUAGUAAUCAACCUUUGCUAUAGUAACAAGGUAGGGUUUAGCUAUGGAAAAGCUAAGCAGGCUUUUUUAUUAGUCAAGCUGGCUUUUUUACUCAACUGCACCUUCAAACUUUCCCCAUUGAGCCAGUGGUAAGUUCUUUUUUCCAGUCAAAUUAACUGGCAGUUGGCUCUUAGUGACAUCCCUUACAAGAGCUAGGGAUUGCCUUUAUACAGUUACUUAAAACUAUCAUUUUGAAUUGUCUAUAUUUCCAACAUCAUUUUCACCAAACCUUUAGAGAAUCGUCCAAGAUGAAAAGAAAAAAGUACAAUCCUUUGGCUUAUGUUUGAGAGUGGUGUUAAAUUGUCGCAAACAAAUUGUUAGGAAUCACACCAAUUACCACAGCCUCAACAACCAAAUGAAACAUGAACUUUUGUUUCUAAGAAAACAAAAUAUUUCUACUCUCAACACCUGUAGAUUAGGAAUAGUAACACUGAGUAGUGUCAUAACACUAUUGUUGGUGUGUUUUCAGACAUCCCUCUUCAGUUGCAUUUUGGAGCGUUAUUAAAGAGGGGUGGCUUUGAGAAGAGGACCAAACCACAGACGUUGAAGGCUGCUUCUCAAGUUGUGGAAAAGAAGUAAGUUUAACGUCUCCUUACUACAACCGGUUUACAGUCCUUUCGAAACCUAUUCAAUUUGUCCCCAGUUUUUUUGUGUAUUUGUACCUAGUUUUUUAACUCAUUUGCCCCUGGAAAUUUGCGUUGUGACGCAAGUCGAGCAGUUUUCUGGCCACUGUCGUGCUAUGAAGAACUAAAACUUGCCAUAAAGCCAUUUACAGGUCGUGCACUCUGCAGCCUUCUGAUCCAGAUACAAACUAUUAGCUUGCAAAGUUCAGGCAUGUGCAGACAGCGAAAUGUAUUUAAAGUUUUGGGGUUUAAAAGUGAUGCAACAGUCUUUACUUUUACUUUUUGCUUUCUCUCCGCCCAUCUUUUUUCGCUUCUCUUGUCUCAUUUUUUUUCCUUCUGCUGUCCAUUUAGUAGGCUUCAUUUUGGUGGGAAACGUUUUAAGUAAAGAUUUUAGGAUCUUAGGAUUAGAUGAUAGGAAAGGUAGGUGGGUAGGAGAACAAGAUUUUCAUGGAAGUUUUCAGGUCAAUGUUACAUUUUUUUUGCCUUUUUCUCCGGUGUCCUUGACUGAAUAGUGCUCAUUCUGGUAUGGUUUGAAAGAUUUUUUCACUCUGCACAAUUAAGGGGACAAAGUUGUCAUUGACCUUUAAAACUGAUGACCUUACAAGUGGUAGAAGGGAUGUGGAUCUGCACAGGCGGUUACGGGCAGUUCAGGGAUGAAUGAGUUAAAUUGUUUCACUUAUUCACUCGUUUAGGUCAACAAGAGAAGUUCCAUAUUUGUUUUUAUUAAUAGCUAAACAAACAAACAUUAAUUUAUAGCAUGUGUUGGGCCUGUUUUGUGGCUUAAAAUAUAAAAUGAGGAUGAGUUUAAACCUGUACCAGUUUACUGGGCAGCAAAUUUUAAUUAAUUGUUGGGGCACUUAGGAAUGGGAGUUCCCCAUCCUCUCCCCUUUCCCCUCCCACUUAUUUUGUUUUGAUUUGUGUUUUGCCGUUUUUACACCUUGUGUAGUUUGGAAAAGAAAAAAUGCUAUGCUAUCUGAACCAUGUUGUCUAGUCUUGGCUGUGAAGUACUUGUUGCAACCAGUUAAUUAAAUCAAGCCUACUUAAUAUGCUCGUAUGCAUAAAAGUUUGUUUCAAGUAACAGAUAAAACACAAUUUCAAUGGACAUUUUAGUUGUUGUCUUCCCCUUUUGCACAUUAUUAUAGAUAGAAUCUGCAGUAGAAUUGUUCCUCAAGCAUUUUUGCACUCCACCCUUUUCCUCCAACUUCAUUUUACACAAAGUUGUUCUUUCAAUCUUUUACUGACUGUUAAAGUCUAUAAGGACUGUUGUCAUUCAAAUUGUGAGUGCCAUAUAACUAUUGUUUUGUCUCUAACAUUUUAUUUAUGAUUGAAAUCCAGUCAUGAGACUUUCAUUUAUACAGACACCAGCAGAUUAGCAUAAAGAUGGCUGUCAUCGCUUAAAAUAGUGCUAUUGUUUACUCACCUUUCAAAACAGCUUUGAAGUUAAUGUUUGCCUCAUUUUUCAAUUUCCUAAGUUGAUUUUUUUAUGUGAUAUUUAGUCAGCAGAUCAGGAAAAAGUCUAGUUAUUUACCUCCACCGUGUUUGCUAUAAAAAGAAGCCAAUCUGUUAUGGUAAUUUGUUAUGGUAACAACGUCAUUGUCUUAAAAAUGGAUAUCAGAAGGCUUGAAACAAAUGCUGACCAUUGGACCAUAGAUCUGCUGUACUUUCUUACUCGCCAACUAUAGAUUGCUAGUGUCCCUGAUAGAAGCAAUUAUUGUUAUCAGGUCUCUUACUAGAGGCUGGCUUGCCUAGGUUUUUAUCAUGGUUGAAAUUAAUAUUCGUAAUAUUUCAAUUAACACAGGAAACCACCUGUGGUAGCUAAAGCAGGAAAAAGGCGUUCACAGCUGGCCAAAGGGGCUGCUGCUUCUUUAUUGUCCUCUGCAAGUAAGUGCACAAACUUUCUAAGCUAUCUUUGAAGUCUAUUCAGCUGUCUUGAAUUUAAAUACAUUUACUUCCUUGUUAUUUAAAUAUUCCUUGUCUUUGAAUUUUAAUUACAGGUCAUUAUAAUAUUAUUACAGCUUAUUGUUUCAGAGGCAUAUUUGACAUUUUCUUAAUCUUGGGGGACUUCAUUGCUUUGUGGUUGGAUACGUUUUUUCAGUCAAUGAAAAGUUUCAGUCCCACUUUCGAGAUUUCCUUGCAGUUUUGAGGUUUGAAUUUUUUUCUAUAAUUUUUUCCCACCACAGAACAUCACAAUCAAAAGUAUGAGAGAAAACGAAACUACUCUGUAACGUCCACUCCAAAGAUUUCAUCAAGAAGUUCUGCUGAAAACAGGGUUGGUCAGUCUGAUGGUCCAAGGAAGAAGCGAGCCGCAGCCAUAAGUGCUGGUAAGAAAACAGAUAUCAAUAAUUAAAACAGCCAGUGCAGUAAAAGCCUGAAAAAAUCUGGAGUUAGCAAGAGAGACCUUAAGAAUGCAAUUAGAGAAACUUCACGGUGCACCAAAACCUAUGUCCAGUUGACAGGGACAGGUAGAAAUUUAGUUCGGACAUGUAAACCUUUGACAUGACUUGUCCGGGAGACAAGCUCAUUUUUAAUGAGAAAAAAAACAAGAACAGUUGAAAAUUGACUUCAAAUUCCAGUAGAGUUAUAGUUUAUCUUAUUGGUCAUAAAAGCAAACCUCAUGCUGGACGAAAGAAGGUUAAAUAUUCCUUUUAACUUUGCCAUUCUGUGGCCAUUUCUUUUGUUUUUACGAGCUCCAUCUGGCUUUAGUAACCAGGCCUGUUAAGAUGUUAGUCAUUCCUGCUAUAAAGAUUGUGCAUGAUAUUUAUUCAGGUUUCAGCCAAAAACAAUUUACAAGGCUAAUAAUACGAUUAAAAAUAUUACAUGCCUGAUUGUUUGUGAGUUUUUAGUGUUGAGCAAAGUGUUUUGAACAAGAAGUUUUGGGUUUCGGACAACAGAAUUUGAUAUAGUGCUUGUCCGAAGGACAAGUGGAUGAGAAAAUCAUUGUCUUACUCUGAAACGUGUGCGUUUUAUUUCAGUAGUUUCAAUAUCCUAAAUAUUGUAGUCUAAUAAUUUCAGUCAUUUUAGCAUAAAAUUUCCUUUUCACAGUAGACAAACAACAGGAGAGCAUAAGUUUAAAAUAGUUGUAGCCAAGUGUUUUAGACUUGAUAAUGCACAAACUAAGAGUAUACUUGCAUCUUCAAAAAUUUCUGAUGCCUAUCUAUUUGUUCUUAGCUAAGAAAAUUAAGUUUAAAAUGUUGCCAUGUCUAUAUCAGUUAUAAAUACAACCAUUGAUUUCCUUUUGUAUUUUCUUUUAUAAAUUAUGUAAAUGAGUUGUUUUCCAUCACCAAACUAACUGGGGGAUGACACUUGAGCUUUACUUGUAUCUUUCCAUAAUCUCCUAUUUUUAAGGUUAAGUUUGCACACCAGUGGGUAAAAAGGCGUUGAAACAAUUAUUGCAAAAAGGAUAGAUGUAUGGAGUUAGUCAAGGUGGUUCUUACAGUCACCUCAUUGCUUUGGUCCCGAAGAAGAGAAAAUGUUGUACAACACUAUUUUUGUAACAGACACUUUGCUCUCUUUCCUGUUUUGUAUAUACUUUUGUUGUGAUUUUUGUCUACUGAUCACCUAUUGGUUGUAAGAUGUUGUGCUAGAACCAAGUAUUACCUUGUCAUAGUAGAAUAUUAUUAUUAUCUGAAGAAAGCAUUGUGGUGCGAGGUGACUUAUCAUUACUAAGUAAGUUAUUACUUCAAUUCUCAUUCAGCUGCCCAGCUGCAGAAGCGUGCAAGGAGUUUGUCAUUGCCGACUGUGGGUUCUACCCCAUCUACUCCAACAUCCACUCCUAGCCCUACGCCAAACCUGACCCAGUCUUUGCCGCCAAAUAGUUUAUCUUCAUUGUUAAAGAAGAAGAGAGGAAGCAAUGCAUUUGACAUUAACAACAUUGUCAUUCCUUACUCCAUGGCUUCAUCGACCAGAGUUGAGAAACUUCAAUACAAGGAGAUACCAACUCCCAGUUGGCGAGUCAAUGAUGUAGCUGAAGUCGAUGAUGUUAAGGUGGAGGUUGGUAUAUUGCUCUUAACCAAUCACUGCUUUGUAAAGUUGCACCAAUGAAUGGUUGAUGUCACUAAUUGAAACCAGGCAGUUUAAUGUUUUUUUCUUGUGCUGUCACCCUAUUUCCUUACUAUCUCGUAUUGCUUCUAAAUUAUGUGGUUACUCACUUGUGAAAAGAAAUAUCUCUUGUGGUUUGCUGUUAGUAUGAAUGAAGGUACCACAACCGUUUUAUGGCCCUCAAAUUUAAAUGCGAUUAACAGUAAGUUUUGGGAAACUUACCUCGGACUACCAAUAAUGUCCUUAAAAAUUUUAUUACCUUAUUCUUGCAGUCUGGUAAUCUCCACUAAAAUAUAAUCUGAAAUAAUCGGCACAUGAUAGCAACAACUAAAACAUAAUUAUGUAACAACCAAGAGUGAAUUUAGAGCAAAGCACAUGAAAAAAAAAAAAAAAGUAUUACGAGGUGUGUAAGGCCUGACAAAAAAGGGAAUUAGCUUUUCCCUGGAAACUGUGAAAUUAUCUGUUAGGUUGGGCAAUAGGUAGAGAGAUUUUUACUGUUUUCAGUCCAAACGUGUGUAAGGUCAUUCAUAACCAGUGCAUUUUUUCCAGGUGGAAGAGCAAUGUGAAAAGGACAGCAGUGAGGACACAUCAGAUGAGUUGUACGUCUCUAGGCAUGCAUUUUGUGAAGAGCAUGAACGCAAACGGUUCUUAGGAAUUAUAAAGAAGAAAAGAAAACGAACAUCACGACAGAGCAGUGAAAUAAGCAAUCCUGAUCCACCAUCGCCGCUGACAUAUCCAGACAGUCAAGGAGGCACUCCCCCAGGAACACCUACAAUCACACCCACAGCAGGGGGGUCACUGCCUGUCACCCUUGUCUCUGCUCCCCCACCUCCCUCCACCUCGGCUUUGUCCCCUUCUGGCACUACCACACCCACUUCAGCCAUGCACUCAUUUCAUCGCUCACUUUCAGACUCCAAGCUUGCACAUCGCAGAUCUUCUUCCACAGAUAGAUCAGAAAAAUCCGUUUUUGAUGAAGAACUCUGGCCACCAGUGCCACCAUGGCCAGAAAGAAAUUUUCCACUAUCAGACACUGAUUUUACAGCGCUCAAGCUUCCAACACCACUGCCGACACCUGCUUCUUCAUUGCCUGCUUCUCCUUCAGCAUCCUCUCCUGGUAGCCCCAUGUGCUCACCCCUGGCAAGUCCAGCUUCUGACGCCAGCAGCGAAAAGAAUGAGUGGACUGUCAAGCUCGUUACAGACCAGGGACCUGGUUCUGGCAGUGAUUCUGGUGGGCCUCCCAGAAAAGGAAUAGUUCUUAAAUUAGCAAAAAGAUAAAAGAGUUUGAAAAUGAAAAUUUGUGAAAGUAGGUUAAUGGUUUCCCUGUCUGCUUUCUUUGGUUAUCAAGAAAGGGCACUGAUGAUAUUAUUUGUAAAUAAGUCCUGUUUAAUUGUGGUGUUCGUAAUUUUGUGUACUGGCGUAGUGAAGUUACUUGCACAUAUUAUUGGCAGGUUAAGAGAGACUGCUCCAUCAUGGAGUGGUGUUGUUCUGUUGUGAAGAGUCUAACUCUUAAUUCAUCAAUUCAUCGUGAUACCAGUUUAGUUAUUCUUUGCUGCCCUUUCUUGACGCAGGCGUAGUUGCGUGUUGAAUAGCCUGCGAGCUAACUCUCCAUUUGGAAGAGUUGCGAGAAGUUACGCGAGAGCGAGUGGCGGCUUAGCUGUUCCCUCGCGACUUGCUUCGCCCUCCAUCAUUGGAAAGCUUGCUCGCAGGCUACGUGUUGAACUACGGUGUUCUGAAAGUGUAUAAGGUUUGACGUCAACAGAACACUAAGCAAUAUUACAGGAAUAACAAAAAGAACUCAAAAGAUUUGGAAAAAAAAGGAUUAUAAGUAUAAUGCAUGAACAUUGUACGUAAGCAUUCUUUCAUCAAAGAAAGAGUUUCUUCAUGAGCCACGUUUGUAAAUAACCCAUGUAUCUGCGCUCAAAUAACACUUGUAUUUUAUGAGUUUUAACAUCGUGUAC